AUGUCGGGAAUUUUAACUCCCUGUUAUUUUCUCGUCGUGAAAGAUUGUAAUAUUUCCCGUGCUAUUGCAUUAAAUGCUAUUAUACAACUGUAUGGAUUUAAAACUUCAAUUAAAAAAGAUUUGAGUACCAAUAUUAUUCGGUUACUAAUACAGAAGGAUGUGACUGUGACGCUAUUAAAAGUUGGUCCUUCCAGAUACUUUAUCAUUAAAAUGUUUAUUAAUGCAUACUAUGUAUUUCAUAAAAUAUUCUUUUACCUUGUGAUGAGGCUAACCGAUAGCAGAUUGAACUAUAAUCAAUGCACCACUUAA